AUGCUAUUGGGAUUCUGUGAAGAUUACAAACGCGUGGUGAUUAACGCUCGUCACGAAUUGAUUUUAAUACGAUCGCGCAACGACAACAAUUGUCUGUUUGGAGCUAUAGUACUGGAGCCGCAGCUUGAAAUAUUCAAGAUACAAUGGCGAAUGCCGCAUGUGCUGUUAAACGAGGUGAACAAGCUAUCGAUGCUGCGUGCUUUGGAAAGCGGACAAUACCUUAACAUGGGUUUUCGAUCAUGGGAUCUCUAUGAGUUUCCACUAUUGCAGCAGACGACUAAGCAUUCGUGGGCUAUUAAAACGGCUACUCAGCUCGAGAAGCCGCGGUAUGUUAUUUUCGCUCUGCAAACAAAUCGAAAGAAUAUCAUGUCUGAGAAUGUGAGUCAAUUCAAUCACUGCAAAUUGAGCAACGUAAAACUCUAUCUGAACUCGGAAUGUUAUCCAUAUGACGAUAUGAAUCUGCAUUUCGAUAAAAGCAAAUGGUCGAGUCUGUAUGAUGCGUUUUCACGAUUCCGGAAGAGCUAUUGCGGAAACGAUGAUCUUGCACCUGGUCUCACUGUCAACAAUUACUAG